GUAUAGUCUACUGUCGACGAAAAGCGCCUUCCUCGAUUCCCUCGACCUGCCUGCCUUCCAGCACCGACGAUCGAUACGCCGAUCUAACUAGCGGCUACGCUCUAACUAUGCUCGGCUCAUUCCGGCCGAUGUUUAUGGUUGUCGUUCACGUCGGCUGACAGCUGUCAAUUCCUGAUUCGGGUCACCGCAGUGAGUCACCGGAUCGGCAGCCGAGGGCCUCCUCUUCAGACGAGUCCUGAACGGUAGCCUAAAAUCUGAGCGCUAGGCUCCACUAAAACAGGACUGCCGGACGAUCAUCUCCACAGGUAUCGCACGUCACACAACCUACCCCUUUGUUCAGAUGUCCAGGUAUUUUUUCGACGUCACCGGCAUGGCGUCCAGCUCCGUCAGCCAGGAGGACUUUGAGAAUGACUUCGAGUUGACGUCCAGGAGAUCGAGGAUCAGGACCGCGAGGGCCAGAGUAGGUCCACCGAGGACAGGAGAUGCGUCUUCCAUAAGCUUUCAAAAGAGUACACCGGAUGUGGAGGAGUCGCAGGGCGCUUACGACGCGAGCUCGAAUCCUGUGCUUCCACCUGAUCACGAAAAUCCGCAGAGCAAGCCGAUCAUCAGGAAGCAGGAUAAACGCGUGACCGGCCGUGUCUUUAGUGUCGUAUCCUGUUUGCACAGGCCAACGCACAUAAACAAGGGGAAGCAGCAACGCGACCGACGGAAACUACGAGAAAAACGGCGUAGCACAGGGGUCGUGCAUUUACCGUCGACAGAGAGCACUGGUGGUAGUACGGGCGAGGACGAGGAGGAACUUAGCGGCACUUGCCUCGAAACUAAGCACAACACGCAUCACAAUGAAUUUCUUGAUCACGAAUUGAUCGAAGAACGGACCGCUCGAAUGUACACGCAGAGGCGAAACAAAAGGCACUACCGUACUUCAUACAGGUCAUGUAUAGUUAGGCACAGUUGUCACUCGGAUCUCGAGGCCGACGACGAGGAGUUCGAUUCUCUCAAUCAGUCCGACAGCAUCAACCAGUCGGACCACGGUAAUCACGAGCCGCCGCCGCCGCCGCAGGCAUCCGUCAACGCGACCGGCAGGCCGAGAUUGCCGACACCGACGGGCGACAAUCCGCACGAGCUGAUCGAGCGGGCGCAGGAGGAGAACAGGAGGCUGCUGUCCCUUCUGGAGGAUCGGGACCACAAAAUCAUGGCGCUCGAGGCGCGUCUGCUGAAGCAGCAGCACGAGAUGGCCGUGGAGCGCGAGCGGCUUCGCGAGGAGAACGCCACGCUGAUCCGCGCAAUGGCCGCAUUAGCCAGCAAUUGAAUUCCCUCUCCCGUCGCAAGAAUCACACACGCCCUAUUGAUUCUGCGCUCCUUACGAUAAUCAUCGAGCAGCUAACAGGAUGAGCCAUAAGUCGCGCAUCGCUGCGACGCGCCCGCGUCGCGCGCGCGCGCGCGCGUUCUUUUCUCUCCUCUCCUCGCGAUUCUCUUCUCUUUCCUUUCUUUUUCUUUUCCUGCGUUGUAUCUCGAUAUCGUUUCUCUCGCUCGAGUCAAUUCGCGCAGCUUCGUUCGAAGCGAACGACUGAAUUGUAUGUUAAUUAUCUUUAAUUGUUGUUGAUACUCGUCAUGCGAUACGACGCGUGUAUUUCUUGAGCUUUACGUUCGAUGCUUGAUUCUUCGUUCGAGAGCUCGCAAAGUUGCGAGGUUGCGAGCGCAAAAUGUCGGCUUAACAUUAUUGAACGUCCCGACGUCUCUCCCGUCGUGAUCUCUGUUUCUUGCGCUUUCUUCCCUAACGGGAUUCUUUCCUUGCGCGAGGCGAAAAUCGUAAUUCGAGCAUUGCCCUUCGUUUUCUCUCCGAGUCGACGAGUGUCGACCUUGUACUUCUUAGGAAAUUGUUUCUAUAAUAUUAACCGCGUAGUUUCCUUCGCAACACUUCUCCCGAUUUUGCUUGACAAAGUAUAAAUUCGGUAUAAUAGUACCGAGAUUCUCCUUUCGCACGUCGCAUCUCGUCAUUUUCGGCAAAUACGUUGCAAGAUAAACCCCUCUCCGUCUCCUUUCUCUUCUAACGAUAACGAACGGCUGAAGACUUAAUAGGAUACAGACGAAUUAGUUUGUAAUUCGCGCGCGGGAGUCGAUGAGACUUAACUUAAAUAAAAUUUAAGUUAAAAAUAGCGCUAAGAGUCUUAGAUAUCUACUUGAGUAAACCAAGAGGACACCUAAUCGCAUCGCGGUGAUGUCGAGUUUCUCGUAUCGCUUCUCCCCGAGAUGCAUGAUUUGUGGAUCAUCCUAGGCAAUAAGAGAGACAUACCUAAGUAGAGUAAAGCUAACUCUUUAGCACGUAACUCGCAGAUUGAGUGUCAUUAAGAGUGUGAAACGGACGAUUCUCUCGGAAACCAAUCACAGCCACAGCGCCGGCUUACAGGGAAAGUGACGUACGCGAGCGUAUUUUCGCAAGGCUGCAAAACUGCGUAACGCCGCGAGAUGCGAAGUUAUAUUUUAUAAAAAGCAAUAGAGACCAUCUUGUAAAGAAAAACAUCGUUCACUCGAUUUCCGUUCGAUCUCUCGCACUCGCUGAACUUCGGUCGCAGGCACAGGCGCGCACGUUGCUAUAUCGAUAUAUUUGCGCUUUGUCUCUACUCGCUGAUUAAUCUCGCUAUUCUUUCGUUCCUCAUUCGGCAACAACACCUUCUCUCGGUGCGGUAACACAGCAGACAUGCACAGAUGGGCAACAAACGCAACGCAGAGAUAUAUAUGUAUGUAUAUAUUGAAAGCCUGCAGAAAAGAAAAAAAAGUGCCGAUGACGACUCGAAAAAACGACUUAAUCCCUUUUCUAUUGUAAUAAUUGUAAGAAUCGAUGUUCUCUACGUAAGUUUUAUACUUGCAACACACGGUGAUGUAAGAUUAUGUGAAUUAUUUUAUUAUUAUUAUAUUACUUACUAAUUAUUAAUAUUAUGAUGAUGAUGAUGAUUAUUAUUAUUAUUAUUAUUAUUAUACGCGAGUCGUACAAAACUCUAUGUACAUAUAGACACGCAGAUGAUUCUGUAAUAAUUAAUUCAAUGCAUUUCAUUAGGAGACCUCCGCGGCAACUUACGUAACGCGCGGAACGAUGUAACGAAAGAAUGUAAAAUUGUUUAAAGAAAGAACUUUUAUCUCGCCAGCUA